AUGAAGGUCACUUUCAAAGAUCUCAAGCAGCAAAAGUUUACGCUCGAUGUCGAACCCUCAGAACUGAUCUCCGCCGUCAAGGAGAAGAUUUCCGCCGAGAAGGGAUGGCAACCUCAGCUGCAGAAGCUUAUCUACUCUGGCAAAAUUCUCAAGGACGAUGAAACUGUCGGAUCCUACAAUAUCGAGGAGAAGGGCUUCGUGGUCUGCAUGGUGAACAAGCCCAAGCCUACCAAGCCUGCCGAAUCCAGCGCCGCUCCUCCUGCUACACCCGCCGCUCCUCCUACCCGCACUCCCGCUGCCCCAGCUGCUCCUGCGCAGUCCGCAUCCCAGCAGGCUGCCGUGCCCGCCACACCCACGCCUCAGCGAUCUGCUGAUGCCGGAUCCGAAGAGCCUUCGGGCCUGGCCAUGGGAUCCCAGCGCACCGAGGCGAUCGCGAAUAUGGAGGCUAUGGGUUUCGAGAGAAGUCAAAUCGAGGCGGCCAUGCGCGCUGCCUUCAACAACCCCGACCGUGCUGUCGAGUACCUGCUUAAUGGUAUUCCCGACAACAUUCGACAAGAACAGCAACAACGCGAGGCUGCCCCCGCCGCUCCUGCUGCCCAACCAUCUCAGCCCGCUGCCGCCGCUCCUCAAGGUGGUGAGGAGGGUGGCGUAAACCUGUUCGAUCUUGCUGCUCAGCAUGGAGGCACCAAUGCCCGAGGAGGAAGCGGUGGUAAUGAAGCACACGUCUGA